GAAAAGGUUCCCUAAAUAGGUACCGUUACCGUCAGAGUCGCCGCUCGCCAGCCACCCAUGGCCGCAGUUUCCCUCCCUUUUCCUCUCUCUCUCUCUCUCUCUUGUUUGGCUUUUCCUCUUCCUACUCCACGCGGCCUUUGGUUCCAUUCUUCGUUCUCAAUCUUCAACUCUACAUAUUAUUCUUUUCGUUGGAUUUAUAUGCAUGUUCGAGCUUCCUUCAUCGAGGAAAGGAUUGAUUGGAGAAAACUUUUUUUUGCUGGAGCUGUUAUGACAACAGCUGGUGUUAUGCUUCAAAUCUAUAUACUUCCUUAUCCACUGACAGAAUGGUUCCUCUCCCCACCUGUGAGAGUCUCAUCAGACAGAUCCUUGAACAAUACCCUGCAGUUGAGUGAAACCCUUCCUUUGGCACAGUUUCAACAGGUUCAAGUUGCUCCGACUGCGCCCAUUGUACUGCUGAAUUCUGCUGAAUCACAACAAUCAGUGCCAGUUAAGGGAGAAAGAUCUAAAGUUUCUCAAAAAAAGAGUGCUUUAUCUAGAAGAAGAAAGAAAGAGAAGGUAGAUAAUAAGCCAGAGGUUGUAGGUCCUCUCCCUCGUAUCAGUCAUACAACCGUGCCCACUCGCUUGCAGAGGUACAUUUGGUCUCUGCCACCAGUUGAGGCACUUGCAUAUGCUAAAAGGGAGAUUGAGCUUGCCCCAACCAUUAUCAAUGAUAUCAAAUUGUAUGCGCCUUUAUUCCAAAAUGUUUCUGUCUUUAGAAGGAGCUAUGAAUUGAUGGAAAUGAUACUUAAAGUCUACAUUUACCCAGAUGGUGCCAAGCCCAUUUUUCAUCAUCCCCAUCUACAAGGAAUUUAUGCUUCUGAAGGAUGGUUUAUGAAGUUAAUUGAGGAAAACAGGCAGUUUGUCACAAGGGACCCGGAAAAGGCUCACUUAUUUUAUUUGCCGUACAGUGCACGCCAAUUAGAGCUGGCAGUUUAUGUGCCUGGCUCACAUAAUUUGAAACCGUUGUCAAUCUUCCUCAGGGACUAUGUGAAUAUGAUUGCUGCAAAGUAUCCAUUUUGGAAUCGCACACAUGGAUUGGAUCACUUUCUUGUUGCUUGCCAUGAUUGGGGUCCUUACACAGUUAAUGAACACAAGGAACUAAGUAGAAACACUAUAAAAGCUCUUUGCAAUGCUGAUCUCUCGGAAGGAAUCUUUACUGCUGGAAAGGAUGUUUCCCUUCCAGAGACGACAAUAAGAAAUGUGAGAAGGCCUCGAAGAGAUCUUGGUGGAAAGAGAGUAUCACAGCGUCCAAUACUUGCCUUUUUUGCAGGGCACAUGCAUGGUAGGGUCCGCCCCAGGCUUGUUAAAUACUGGAGAGACAAAGAUGAGGACAUGAAGAUUUAUGGGCCUCUACCUAAUAGUGUGUCCAGGAAAAUGUCUUAUGUUCAACACAUGAAAUCAAGCAAAUUCUGUUUAUGUCCCAUGGGUUUUGAAGUGAACAGCCCCAGGAUUGUUGAGGCUAUAUAUUAUGAGUGCGUUCCAGUGAUUAUUGCAGAUAAUUUUGUCCCUCCAUUUAAUGAAGUACUUGACUGGAGCGCGUUUUCUGUCAUGGUGGCCGAGAAGGAUAUUCCCAAGCUGAAGGAAAUUCUACUUGCCAUCCCAAUGAGAAGAUACUUUACAAUGCAGACUAAUGUGAAGAUGUUGCAGAAGCAUUUCCUUUGGAACUCCAGACCAAUGAGAUAUGAUUUGUUUCAUAUGAUUUUGCAUUCUAUUUGGUUUAGCAGGCUGAACCAGAUUCAAAUUGCCCAGUCAUAGGGACAAGGGAGAAUCGACUCCCUUGUCACAUAGUAAAUUUUUAGGAGUUCCGUCGGUUAA